CCUACUAAAUUCACAUUCACUCGGUUCACUUUUUCUACGCUUCCUCCAUUAACAGACAUCAAAUAUAAUAGAAAGGCAAUAAAUUCAUUUUCCUUCCUUUCGGCCAAACUCUUCAAAGACAUCACCGAUCACAACCAUCCAACUGCCACACCAAAAUCGGAGGUAUCCGGACUACCAAAUUACUAUCAAUCCGAACGAAUCUCAAGAUCUUUCAUCAUGCUGCCGACCAAUCAGAAUCUCGCAGUCCUAUCCAACUACGUCCGACUGGCGGUCCGCCAAGCCGCGUGCCGCAUGAGUGGAAGAUGUGCCUAUUCGACACGCCGCAACCCGGGCGUGGGGGAUCGGGAUCUCAGUCUCAACAAGAACGAUGAUUACCCGGGCCGUCAGCGGGACGAACCGAAUCCGGAGUAUCACCACGCUCCCCGGUGCUACGUGAAGAACUUCCAGAAGUACCAGGAAGAGGUGCAGGAACGCGGCGAGGUGCAGACGGUCCGUUUCCGUAAUCCUCGUUACCGCUGGGCGGACUUCCGGCGACGUAUGGUUUAUGGAACCUACGACAUCUAGACUUCUCGAUGCUCUCCAUGAAGUGCAACCAGCGUCGAAAGCUCUUUCAAAUUUGGCUGCUGUGCGCUUCAAUCCGGACCGGUCUUGUUUAAGAACCACUCCCAAAUUGUCAAAUAGUCAAGCAUCCAACAGACUGGUCAAGUACCUGUCGUAUUAACACGCCGUAUAGUAUCCCGACUUAUUCGAACUUAAGAGCGGACCGAUCUCGAUCGUCCGUUGAAAUUGCAAUAUUAUUCAUCAUAUUUAAUAAAUCUGUUACCUUUCACCUAAAAA